GUUGGUUUUAUGUGAGCCAGAACCCGUGUUGCCAGGAUGGCCUGCAAGGGGUUCACUUUCCCACAGAGAUGUGCUCUGAACUCUUUUUCACCUGUCCAAGUGUGUCUGUGUGCUCACCAACAACCUAAGGGGUAAGACAACACAUAGUAAACAGGAUCACAUAGAAUAUUUAGCUGUACGAAUUAGCAUUUAAUGCACUCUUAGGGUGAUCGCUCUUGUUCACCAUAAGAAUGGUGAAUGGACCCUGAAUAAAAAGUAGCAUCAAACUUUGUAUUACAAGUUUAUUCUCAUAUUUUGAGUUAUUUGUUGUGAACAAAACGUAAUUUGUAAGCAAGUGAGCAUAUCCAUCUUGGGCUUAUUAACAACUGUUUGUGUAACUUGGUAAUUUGCAAGUGAUAGGUGAGCUGGGUGCAACUGAUUUGGAAAAGAUCAGAUAACUGAAUGGUAAAAGCAAAUGGGUAUUUUCUUUGGUGUGGGUUAUUAUGAAUGUAGUGUAUAAUGUACCUAAUAGGCUCAGGUAGUUCAGAUAAUCAGGCAUGAUGUUUAUUUUCUAGUAGAUAGCACAGGGAAAAAAUGAGAAAUGGGACGCAACUUGGGAGUUGUUCUCAAUAGGGCUCUUUCACCCAAAUAAAGUAGACUGCUUGGGCUUUUGGCUAAUGUCUAUUAUGUAUAUUCUUAAAUGCUUAGCUAACAUAUAAAUUCUUAGGUCCGUGCUCUAGUGUGCAUUUGAUGUAUGAAGACGGAGCAUUUGAUUUUCUUAAUUGAGUUCGGUCACUGAAAGUGGUUGUUUUCAUUUAUUUUUCUUAAGGAUUAUUGACAUUACAUGUUUUGCCCCCCCUUUUUUUCUUCUCCUCCAGAGCUUGCUAAAAUGCCUGAUCUUGAGCUUUCUUCUCUCUUCUAGUCCUGCUUUUUGUGAAGGAUUUAGUUCUUGGUGGUUAAAGAAAGUUAGAAUAGUCAGUUGAAACUGUUCCUGUCAGCAAAGAGAACUGGAUUUUGCUGAUCUGCUCUGAAGUCAUUGUAGUCUUCAAACUGCAUGACUUGUUUUAGCCUGUAUUCAAAACUCUUUCCUGCUGUUUGGUGUGGUUUUGGGGACUUUUUUGUCUCUGAUCUUUCAUUCACAUUGCGCGCUCCAGUAGUUCAAGGAUUUUAUCUCGCGAAGUUCCUGAGACUGAAGUGCAGAGGCCACCUCCUUCAAGUCCUGCCCUUCGGCUCAUCACUAAAUGAUGUCUUGCUCAGCUCUGCCCUGUCUUCCCCAACAGGUGUUGCUGCUCCUGCGCACUGGAGGAGCUGUUUGCUUAUCCAGGUGUGACACUGGCCCUGUAAGUACAGCUCACACGGUUCUUCUGUCCAAGGAACCGAAUUGUAGAAUUCUAGUGAAGGUGCCAGGGUCACUGGAUGCAUUUACAGACAAUGUGUGUCUGAAGCACCAUCCCUGAAGGUACUUGGAGCAAGAACUUCAAAUCCUUACAAACAGAAGUAUUUACUUCACGUGGUAUCUUCUGAAGCCUGGCAAUGUAAUUUUGUGAAAUAAAUUAAAAAAAAAAACCCAACCAACCCAAAAAACAAAAAAACCCAACCACAUGGUAAAACUACGGUUAGUUAUAAGUCUAUUUGCAGUAGUUGCUUUGAUUUCAGUCUGAUCCUAGUUGUUAUAACUUGAAAUCCAAGUAUAGGUAAGUUCCAUCUUACCAGGUGAGUAAUGUAAAUAAAUGUCAACAUCUGUCGUCAGGAUUUACCGGGUAACUUUUGUUUCUAAAAUCUUGGUGUUCCCAGGUGUUUUUCUAACGUGCCAGACAAAUAAAUGGCAGCUACUGAAGUAUUUUGCUUUUGUAUGUGUUUGGUUUGGUUUUCCCUGUGAAGCUCUGGGGACAGGAAUGUCUGAUGCCUGAAGUGAGGUGAAGCCUUUGACUUGUUUUGUUCCUGCCAGUAGUUGAUUAAAAAGCCAAACUGUUAAGACUUCAAGGCAAAUAACAAAGACAUUUUUGUUUCAAAGCAAAUGGAGAAAGUAAUUAUUUUGAAUAGGAUGUUGAGUGUAAUUGUAGAUGGUUAAAACACUUUCUGUGUUUCAAAACAUGGUAGGAUAUCUCUUUCACUCAUAAGCAUUGUUAAGGUCUAUAGUACUGGGAUUUGGUUAUGUUUAAUGCGGUUUCAUUUCCUAACACAAUGAUUAUAUAAUCUAUGUAUAGUUAAGCCCAUCAAUAAUUUGUUUCUCUAAGGCUUACUAAGAAUUAAUUUUGUUGGGCACAGCUGUCACUGGUGGCUUCUGCCCACUGUCUCAGAAACACCGUUCUUCAAAAGCUAAUGUUUCAUUCCACAACCAAAAUAUUGAAUCAAGGAAGAUACCAAGUAUCUUCCUUAAUUUUAUCAUGUACUAGGGCUUGUCAGUUGUUGUCACUUGCUUGUUUUUUGUUUUGUUUUUAAUUAGAAUGAGAUUUCUUCAUGAAAAAUGAAAUUAAUGUCUUCUGCAACCAAAAUAAACACCAUAUGUUCAGGGAGAAAGGGACCAGGAAAAGAUGAAGAUGGUGUGGCAGCAAAAACUGACUAGGAGGCAAAAUGGACUUAUUGGGCACAGGGGCCAGGUGAGAACAGACCGAGUCUCACCUGCCUGGGUGGGAUCACACCGUUCAAUUCAAUAGUCUGGUUUUGGCACUGCUGAUGGGGUUUCAAUGAAGCUAAAAACAUGAGUGACAGGGUAAAUGAGUUGGGAUGCUCAGAAGAAAAAGCAGCAGGCACAAAUCUUGUGAUCUCUUACUUAGUCAUGUAAAGCUGGAUUGAAGAAGCUUUAUUCUUGCAGUUGAAGAUGGUGGCACAAACUUCAGCGUAGGUGUUGAGUGCUAAUUGCCGUCUUCCCUUUCUUCCAGCUGGUGGCAAGGAAUCCGCUCAUCCUGAGCUUUGAAGCUUGUGUCAGGAUUUUGGGAGCGACCUUGAGGAGCCGUACCACAGGCUGCAGGAGCCCAAGUUUGCCUCGGUGAGAACUUCCCUGUGGGACUCAGGGCUGUUGUUGCGGGGCACAGUGCAACAAGUGACAUUGGGAAGGGGAACAGGUGGGCAUCUGAGGUGGUUUUGGCUUCUGGGGGACGACUUGACUUGCCUUGAAUGGCUCUUUGACCUUAGUACCUAGAGGCUCCGGGCAAAUCUCACCGCACAUCUCUUGUUCCUGCUGCUUAUUUAGUGCGUGUAUGAGGAUGACACCUGUCCGCAAGUGCUUGUUAGGCAACUCCAGAGCCCCUGUUCUGCAGUCUUCAAAGCUGCCAUAGAGCUCCCCGACCUCUCUGCAGCUUUGUUCAUAUAAUGUAGGUAUCUUGCUGCCUGUGGAUUUGUUUUGGCCACAGCUGACCCUCAAAAUGAGUGAGGGCCUUAGAGAAUGUAUAUGAAACAUGCACAUUUGGACACAUCUACACCAAGCAUGAGCUCUGUACCAUGUCUUAAAGGAGUUCAGUGCUUGCAGAGGAGGCUCAGAUGCAACCUCACAGCACAGCAGCUGUGGAUAUCAAGGGGCAUGUUAGCUCCAAAAUAUUGUAUAUUAUGAAUGGGUUUAUCUCUAGUAAAAUGUCAUGUAUGAAUAAGAACAAGGUAUAUGGCAGGGUGCCACCUCAAGGCUCUGAGCGCAUCCCUGUGUAGCCCUGUGCCCGAAGUCUUCCCAUGUCAUUUGAGAGUGACACUUUCUGCGGUGGGAGCGCUAGAGGGGGCCCUAGGACAGAGAAGAAGAAAAAGGAAAAAACCCAGAACCCCCAACCCCUGAAAUGGAUGAACAGGAUCUAUCUUUAAACUUCUGAAAGACUGAAUUACAUUGCUGGAUUUUACCUCUUUUACACCUAAGGGCUCUCUACAGUUGUACUGUCUGUCCUUUUCAUACUUACAUCUUUUGAUUCAAAGCAGAGAGAAUGAGAAUUCUUAUACCCGCCUUACAGGAUUCUGUCUCAUGUUCCUGGCCAUAGUGCGGUGGCGGGGCAUGAAAUCUCAAUUUGUUAGCAUUAAUAUUGCAACUUAGCAGGAAAACAGAACCACUGUAUAUUUACUUUCUACAUGAAAAUGUUUGCCCCAUAAUUAUGUUUUUUCCUUCUGUUUCUUUCCCCUAUAAAAAGCCUACUGCAUGUUUUCCUUUUUCUUAAUGUGCAGCACAUUAUAAUGGGGGAGGGAAAGAGUAUCUUUUGACAGUUAAUCUUACAUAGAAAGACUCAACACUUUCAGGUUUGUCAGUGUAAAUCCUGAUUAAUUCAGUCUAGCUCAUAGCAGUGGCAUGAGGUUUGUACCAGCAUAAAACUCAUGGAUCUAUAAAAUGUUUUGAGAUAGCUUCAUUGAAGUAAAAUUCUAGUUGGGGACAAAAAUGUGUAUGAAAAUGAUGGAAGAAAUAUGUACCUUUCACGCUUGGAAUAAAUCUUGCAUAACUGCCUCUGUUAUGUGAAGUAGCCAGGAGGUGAGAUCAAGUCCUGGUGUCAUCCUGCAGAAACGCACAUGGAACAGGAUAGUGAGAUGGAGCUGGGGCUGUGAACUGACGGCAAAACCAGGAAAACAAAGUCACUUCUACCAAAGGGAAACGUAAGAUCGCACUUCUGCCUGCAUUUACGAUUUAUCUGCACAAUUAAAUGAUUGUGCAUAUGGCUUGGUACAAAAGCGUUCAAUUAUAAAAUCCCAGUGGGAGGAGCACUUCGCAAUGUCUCUCUAAGUACUUUGUCUUAUUGAAGGAAACUGCCUAUCUAAAACCAGGUUAACAUAUAUGGUAAAAAGUAGAUUUGCUUUCAGAUUAGACACUGAUAUCCCCUCUCAGUUUUUAUUUCUCAGCUUGUAUUUUCUCUCCCUCUGUUUCAGAGAUCCUGCAAACAACAGUGAAUUCCAGUAUAAAUGGAAUAUAUUACAAAGUUCAUAUAUGGUAUAAGCAUACGAGAACUACAUUAUAAUGGUAUUAAUUUAAUUUUAAUUAGAGGGAUAUUAUUCUAACUACAAGUGAAAGGCCUUUGGCAGGCCAAAGGCAUUUUAGACACAGUUCUUUGUGCGUAAAUUCUUAAUUGUCAUGUAUAACUACAGUUAGCUUAAGAACCUGUCUUAUGUAUUCACAUUCUUUUCUUUUUAUUGCUCUGAGGAGAUAUGACAGAUAUAGAGGGCUGUUCACUAGAAAUCAUACACAACUGAGUUUUAUUUGCAAAUACACAUGGCAUGAACUAUUAUCUAAUAUAGCACUGAACACAUUACUGUUCAGUAGUAAUUAAUAAAGGAUGUUAUUAGAAGUGUUCUUUGAUUCCUUGUAAUAUAAGUCACACCAGAGAGAUAAUUUCCUGAAGUUCCACACUAAAAUGUGUGAAGAGUCACAUUUUCUCUUCUUAAGUGCAUAGGUAUAUAUAAAUAUAACUCCUCAAAGAAGAUUGCAGUGAUCAUUUUCUUUUCCUCUUAAGAGAUGGCACUAGAUGUGUUCUCAAAGAAUAGCUUAACUUGUUAAUUGAGCUGACAUAUAAAACCACCAUGCUAUAUGAAUGUCAGAAAGCAGUAGUUUGAAUAUGGAAAUGUGUCACUUAGGAAUGUCUAGACUGUAUAUUAGAUUUCCAUUAAGUUAGAGUGGGUUAGGAAAAAAAGAAUAGUGGAAGUUACUGAUCUUCCAACAUCAAUUUGCAACGCUGUGCCCUCAGUGCAAGCUCAAACAAAUCACAGUGCUGCUACCACUUUCCCAAUAGACGGCACGGCUGGAAGUGCUUCCUAUACUUAAUAAGUAAAUGGGCUUUCCUGGGAGCAAAACAAAGAGCCUGAUGUGUUGUCUCGCAGCAAGUAGCAGUGGUACAAGAUGAUUUUUAGUUUGGCUUUCUUGAACAUAAUAAUAGCAUGGGUUUGCACAUUGUAAAGUUCUGCUGCAAAGUGAAGCGUGGGAGUUUCUUGUUGAUAACUGGGGUCUGCUGAUCCCUUUGCUUUGCUGCGGAAAGAAGCAUUUAAAUUCUGCCAGUGCGGUUAGAACCAGCCAUUGGCAUCUCGGCACUCCGGCCAGCUCACGUUUUAGUCGUGGGAAGACAGGGACAUGGGUCUUUCUGUAGCAGCCAAACAAGCCGAGUGCAUUUACUGGUACACUCUUGGAUGCACCAUGAUGCUUUUCAUCCCCUCUAAAAUCCGUCUUCCCAUGAACUGAGCAAAGGUUCUCCUGCAACAGCAAGUUUUACCAGGCCUGUGCUUCGGAAGUUGUUAGCAGGUUUUCUCACUGUAAGAGGAAAAAUGAGAAAGCAGUGUGGGAUUCCUAGAAAUCCAGCCGCCUCAGAGGUAUUUUAAUCCUUGUGUGUCUUCCAGUGCCUCCCAGUGGUUACUGGUCUGUCCCAGUUCAGCUGGGAUGGCAGGUGCCCGGCCUGCUCUGAGGGAUGUGGGACAUGGGUGUUGGCAGCUGGGAAGGGGCAGACACCAGGUCCUGGACAACUGCACAUGAUGCACAUCACGGCUCUGGGGACCUUACUGUCUGAAUUAAUGAGUUCACUGUUAGACAGUUGAUAAUUCAAUUUAAAUGUGAGAGAGAGUAAAUAGCAUGUGCUUAUAUGCACUCCUGCUGCAUUUGCUUUUUUAAUGAGAUUAACUUCUUGCAAUUUCAGCAAAACUCAAAUAUUUACAUUACCAUUAUAAUGCCCGGUGUGUGUGUGUGGUCACAUUUCAGUAAUGGCGACUCAGAUCUAAAGUGCAGCAACUGUUGCGUUAUUUAGUACUGUGAGGACAAAUGGAAAAGUGGAUGCAAAGAAUAUGAAAAUAUGUAAAUGCUAUUUCCAAGUGCAGGCGGUCUGCUGGGGAAGAGGGAGAAGGACAAUAUUUCAUCUGAAAUAUGUGCCUGAUUCAACAAAGUACCUAAAUAUAAAUGACUGUUGAUUUCAAUGAAGAUAGCAAAGAGCACUGGCAGCUUAUAUUUCACCUUGGGCUUAAAUUGUAUACAAUUUGUUUAGUGACCUAAAGUAUUUCUACAACUGAAAUUUCCAUCGGAAACAGGUGCUUUAAAAUAAAUAGACUCAACUUCCUCAGUACAUGCAAACUCAGAAGUUCACAGUUAACCAAUGAAAAACGUAAAAUGCCCAAGAAAGGUGAAACUAUCUCUGUUGAAUAAAAAUUUCAGCCCAAAUGAAAUAUGUGGGAAAGUGACUAUGAAGAACAGGCUUGGGUACGGUAGGGUGUGCUCAUAAAAUGACAAUAUAAUGUGAGCUUUUGGAUAACAAAUCCAUCAGAGUAAAGAGGAACAAACUGUAGUUUUAGAAUUGUGCUAGAUUCAUUUGAGAGCAGUACUGAGGAAGUCAGAAUUCCCCCAGUAGUUCUCCCUAAAAUUCAGAUUGCUGUGGCACAUGGACGAACUUUGCAGAGCAACUGACGUUAUCUGUGUAAGUUCCACAAAGGAAGAUUAUAAAAUGAAUUCUGCUUAGUGAUACCUGGGUUUGUGUGACACCUGGGCCAGGGUGUUUAUUAGGAAUAUCAUGUUCUUUAACAGCUUUUCUCUCCCAUCCUUAGUGGUUGAUAUUGUUCCAGCAAGGAAAUCCUGGUGGCUUUCAGAACAGUAGCAGCAGAGCUGGUGGGAUUUACUGGAUAUGGUGGACUAGGAGCUGCCUGCUCCUUAGUGUGUGCUCUGUCUGGGCUUUGUCAAUAUUCACUUUCCACACCUAUUUCAUAAUAACACCAUCGAUUUAUUGGUUCAGUCAUAAGGAUCAAAAGAACUGAGUUGUGCAUCAGAGCUUUCCCACUAGCUGGUGACUUUUUCAAUUAACUAUUUAUUGUCCAUUUUCUGUCUCUAAUAAAUGGAAAUUACUUGUAAAAAUAACAUUAAAAAGGGGAAAAAAAACCCAAACAACAAACCAAACCAUGAAAAUUAAAAAAAAAAAAAAAAAAAAAAAACAAAAAAAAAAACAAGUGUCCACUGAAUUUGAAGCCAGGACAUUUUUGUAGAUCUUCAGUUGCUUGUAAUUUUAUCUUCUAUGCCAUUUUAGUCAAAACUAUGGCUAAAUGAUGUUUCUUUUUCCAUUGUGAAUGAAUAAAAUCUACUAGGAACUGCUCCCAUGGUUGAGUUACACAAGAGUGAUACAGAAAUUCACCUGAGCUUUUGUCAUGGUGAAUAACGCAGAGCUUUGCGUGAGCAGAGCUCUAGAGAACACGAACAAGUAUCCAAGCUCGUGCAAGUAUAGAACAUACUCUGUUUUUUAGAGAGUCCUUAGCUCUGAUUGCUGAGAAAUUGGGAUAAUUCUGCACAGCAAAACCAAGUAUUUUUUUCUAAUCAAGACUUACUUAGGUAUUUCAUUUUUUUCCUACGCCUCAGUUGAUAUUUCCUGUGUCUUGUAACCAUUUAACAGUAUGUUACUAACCAUCCAUUAUGUCCUGCCUUACUCUUUCAGAUGAAAGAGCCAUGUAAAAAAAGAAUUCGCCAGCCCCUGUGACUGAAUUUGAGCGAUAAUGUCAAUGGAAUUAACACAUUGCCAUUGUUGAAUGGUCUCCUGUGGCUAUAUAAACAUCAAGGUAACACAUUUCCAAAGCAGAAGGCAAUACUGCUGCAAUACUGUUGUUUUGAGAAUAUUUCCUUACUGCCAAAAUACUGAUGUACAUUUAGUAUUUUGCCUGGUGGAAGAUAAUUGUUUGUUUGUUUGUUUUUAAAAAAGGUUGAUUUUCCUACUUUUAUUUUUACUGAAUUCUGGUUUAUUUGCUGAAGAAAAUGUGUUAGUUGUUUGGCUAAACAUGGGAUGGGAGCAUAAGUACGUUGAGGUUUAUUUGAGAUGACCUCUUAUUGGUAACUACAUUUAAAUGACAGCUCUCCUAAGGGCCUGAUUCCAUCUCUGAAGAAGAUCUGCUGGAAAAGCUGGGGCAGAACUGCCUUCAGGAAACCCAGGAUUCCUCAGCCUGGGGAGAGGCUGCUUGGGAAUAAUUGUCUCCUGCCCUGGCUUCAGCCAUCAGCACCGCUUCUAUCUCUGAGGCCUUUAUCUCUGAAAUAGACUGAGGCUUUUAAAUACCUUUGGUAUGUUGCUGAGUAAAAUAUUGAUAAGACACAAGUUUUGGGUUUAGUUUUGGGGAUGGCAAAGAAAUUGUGAGGCCAGGCUAAUCAGGUAACUUUUUAACUGUGAUAGUCCCACUAUGGGCUCAUUGUCACCGUCUCACCUAAAGCAAGAGAGAAAUAACUGAUGUGGGUGUUGCACAGAAACUGUUUGUAGUUCCUUGUGUCACAAAACCAUUGACAGUGGCUGCACUGCAGAAGCCAGAGCUGGGCAGUUAGGACAUGCAGGUAACAGUAAUUAUUUCCUUUACUAUGAGUUUCCUGAUCCUGGGUGCAAAUGGAAAAAGAACCUGUACUUCUGCAAGUAUCCUCUCAUUUGUCUUCAGGCAGCAAGUGUUAAACCAGAACCUGACAAGUUCUGUUCCUCAACACCCCUUGUUAUGUGAGUUUUACUUCUCUGCAGUCACCUUUGAAUGAUCAGUCAAUGGUUUUGCUGCAUUUUUACUGGUCAGAGACCUUAAGCCAGGUGCCGAAAGGUGGGCAGUCAGUCUCAAGGUUGACCUCACCAGGCAGAGACAAACAUCCCUGUCUGGGAUCCACGAGACGUAGCCACUGCCUCUGCCAGAGCUGCAUCAGUUCUGGGGAAAAGGACUUCCGUUUGCAAAGCUGAAUCUGGCACUUUCGUGAACAUUAGGGCUGAAACAAGAGAGGGAGGGACUCACCAUCCUGGUUUGCUGUAAGAAUAGCUCUGACCUGGAUGCCUCAAAUGAGAAGACUUCAGCAUGGGGAAUGUUCUGUUUCUGGACUGCUCUUGGAUAACAACGGAUAGAACAGAAAGUUGUGAUGUAUGGAAGGAGGAGCUGUGCAUGGCAGGAGUUUGUUAGGACAUGGAAAACGGCUUGGUGAAUCAUGAACACUGUGCGUGAGUUAAAUAAACAAGGUAGGCUUGGUUUGUGUAACCUGGAGUCCUGUUUUCUCCCGUGAGGGCUGUUUGGAGCACUCUGAAAGCAGAGAGGACAACAGCCGGUAAACUUUGUGCUUCAGAAUUGCACAGAAACAGCCUAUUUCAUUCGCGGAUCAAUCUUUUGUCAGCCCUAACUCAGUGGCUGAUGGCUUUAGUGUAUCCACUGUCACCCAAAGGCACUUCUUGGGAGAUGAAACCCAGUGGCUCAAUAACUUGACACCUUCCCCAUCGCUCUGGCUUGGGCUUAGGAGUGGGGAACAGGAGUGCUCUGCCAGGCUCAGCAACAUUUAGAUUGCAGUCAUGCCUCCCGUGGGAGUCAGUAGCUGGUCAUUUGUGAAUUAUGAUGUGUGGAAAUCUAGGAUUUUAUUUUUGUAAAUCCUUAGCUGGGUGCAAAAGCUGAUGGCAGGACCCCUGAGCCCAGCAGGAGAAAACUAAUGACAGAAGCGGGUACAGCCUGGUGCAUUUUUAUUUUCCUUCACUGUGUCUUCCCUUUCUUUUUUUCCCUUCUUUCUUUCUUUGUAACCACACUUUUUCAUAUAUAUUUUCCCUCCACCUACCCAGUUGUUUUUUUUGGCAGGAAUGCAGGUUCUCCUGAACAAAUGAGAAACAGCCUCCUCUGAAGAACAGGAGUUAUGGAGCCUUUGUGCACUUCUGCUGUAGCGUUUUUCAGGAAACCUGUCUGCAGGUGGCUCACGACACCAAGUGCCAAAACGGGCACCUGCUUGGCGACAGCUGCAGCUUUGGCCAACAGCAAAUAGCACCAGUGACAAUGCCAGGAGGAAGAAGCUGAGCAGCACCAAGCAGCAAAGCAGGCCAGCAGCGAGGAGGAAGAGGAGAACCAUCAGCUCCUCCGUGGUGAGCCCAAACCUGUGUUGCAGGCAGACUUAACUCCACUGAGUCUGACCUGGCAGUAGCUCCCUGCAGAUGCUUAAACCAGUAACUGCAGCAUUAAAGGGUGGCAAAACCAGCAACCUUAUUAUUGAUAAGCAUCUAAUCUGUACUCAGAAAGAAUACUUGCUCUCAAAUACGACUUCAUUUUCCUCCUGCACACUCCUCAGCACUCUUCUUAGCAGAAUUUAAAUAUUUCCAUUGAAUUUACAUUAUAUCGUUAUUUGUGUCUCCAUUUGAUCAGCAGGUGCAGCUUAGGUUGUAAAGUGCCGGUCAUUUAGAAACAGUUUUGCCGUCACAACAGCAAAGAUUGUGUUUCUAGAAUGGUACCUAUUAUGUGUGCGUUAGUGAUCAUGAGGUUAGAGAGGAGAAGAAAUUGAAGUCAUUUAUGCCUAAGUAGCUGAAAUCCAGUAUUUUCAGUAUAACGCAGUCACUGCACACCUCUGUCAUCCUCAGUCCCAGUGGAAUUUGCCUGUAUAACUGUUCAGAUAGCUCAAAACGAUGCAUUGUUCUUUGGUUUCCCAAGGAAUUGCAACCAAUGUAUUUAAAUCAUUCAAGUGCCCAGUAUUCUUAACAACUUAGAAGCAUUUGUCCGCUAUAGUAGGGCUAUUUUUUUAUUUAUUUUUCUAAACACAUCUAUCCAAAAUGAUGUUAAGGCUUUUAUAUUCACAGCAGGGUGCGUGGUGUAGUGUGGUUUAAAUAUCCCUUUAAUCACUAAGGAUGUAAUAAAAACAAGAAGAGUUCUUUGAGCUGCAGAGUGUUACCCAGGGAAAAAUCCACUCUGGAGCUUACAAAUGUGAGCUGAAGAGACAAACUGGGCAAUAAAAGCCACAACUACGGACCAAACCGGCUAAAAGUUGGUCUGUAGCUGCUCAUCAGGAGCUGAGACUUGGAGGGGAGGGGGGAAAGGCCAUUCAGCACCUCCAGAGCCAUAAGAGCCAGGUCAUAAACACUUCACAAUCUGCUGGGUGGGGGGAGGGAGCGCUGGGUCUGUGAUCCUGCCUGGGGUUUGUACCCUGGCCCGUGGCUGCAACAAAGAAUGGGUAGGAGGAAUUUGCCAAUAUGAGAAGAAUGGAGGAAAAAAUCUAGACAAAUUAGGGGUAGCUGUGAUUGAUUAUGUCGCUUCAUGUACAUUUAUGACAGUGUCAACCCAUUUAGGAUUCUGUGAAACCUGACAGGUGCUUUUUUCCAUUAUUUGUGAUGUUGAAGGAUUCUUACCUGAAUAUUUGCUACCAGGUGAUGAACAAGUUGGGUGAAAAAAAGUGCAGCUUAUCCAAGGACUUUCUGCUUAAAAUGAACACAUAUUUCCAGUUCUCUGUUACUGACUUCAAACUUUGCAAAGAUUAUGGAUGUCCCAUCAUAAUGUUCUGUAUCAGCUUUCAAAAACUGUCUGGCAGGAUAUACUACAUGAAUCUAGCUUGGCUUUUUUUUAAUGAGAGAUCCUAUAAAUAGCUCAGCUCAGACUCUACAGGUUAGUUAGAUGGGUUGUGGGUUCUGUUCCCUUCUUCCUAUGACAUGUAUGUUUAGUUGUAUGUAUCCUAUGGUUAUAUAAAUUUUUACAGUUUUUUAAAAUUAUAAAUAAUACUGUAAAAGGGAAAAAAAGAACAGUAAUAAGAUCUUAGUAAGAUGAAACAUGAGUUAUUGUAAAAUGCUCUGAAUCAUAAUCUACUGUGUAUGAUUUAAUCGUUCUCUCAUGCUUUCUGGUAGUGUUCUUUAUCUUCCUCAAAAAAUCUCUUCAGAGUUGAUGAUGUUGAGCUCUAUACUCAGCUCUGUAGAGCUCACAACAGUUUUUAGUUUUAAAUUCCAAAACAUUUAAAUCUUAACAGUUUUCAUUUGCUCUUUGAAAACAGUUCUUUUGAUCAGGAAUUAAACUGUUUAUUUUCUUUUGAUCAGGAAUUAAACUGUUUAUUUGAUUUCCUGUUUUGACCAGGGCCUGACUAUGAUGGAUGGAAUAUGGAAACGUCCUUAUGGAACUGAUAGGACAAAUCUGUCUUGGCAAAACCAAGUAACUUGCAAACAGCCUUGCAUGAUUGAAGCCUGGCUUUUCAUCUGUUGGUUUCAUGGCUUCACAAAUGCUUACACACCGACAAAAAUAAUCUUUUGCAGAAACCAAAGUAGCAUGACAGUGUAUCUGCAAUCUCAAGAGUCCAGCAAUUUAGAUACAGGCUUCUGGGUUUGGGCUGCUGCUUUUUCCUGUAGAGAUCAGCUUUUUAACCGAGGUUGCUGCAGCGUUGUCAGCUGGGCUGCUCAGCAAAAUCCAUUCUGCUCAGGAUUUUUUUCCCGGCUCAAUUUGGGGUUAAAUAAACUGCCAGCAAUUUUUAAGCCUUGCACGAUGUUUCUCUUUGCACAUGGGUGUGUGUGCACUUGUAUAAGUAUAAAAGUAUUUAUGUGUGAAUGCUAAUCCAGAGCUGUUUGCCUGUUUGCUAAGGCUGGUCCUUUAUGGCUCCUGAUGGAGAUGGGUGGGUUCUGGCAGGGCUGUCCCCGGUGCGGGGAGGCAGAGGAGCCUUUCCCAUGCAGAGAGGUGUUUGCUGCUGCUUGGUGACCCUUCCCCAUGCUGUCUUGCAAAGCUGUUCAUGCUGCUGGAAGGUCCUUCCAGGAUGUAUUUCUUUGUGGAUUUGAGUGGGACACAGUGCUGAGCUGUGUCUGGGAAACACAAUGGCUUGGCAGGAAAACCCUGCAUCUAGCAUCAGGAGUCUGUGAAGAUUUGAAAAAGCUCUAGACAGAAAUAUUUUGCAUUUGACUCUGGAUUGUAGCCUUUGAGGCCAAGCUCGGCCUUCAGUGUUAAGUGGCUGCUAAGUAUUUCCCUUCUUGUCUCAAUGCUAACUAACUGCUGGGACAAGAGGGGCAUGUUCCAGGAGGGCUGGGGAGGGCGGAUAUGAUAAAGGGGAGACAGAAGAGCAUCCUCUGUUUCUUUAGUUCAGGAGCACAGCUUUGUGGCCACAUACCUCAAUCCACAAACCUGCAAGAGGAGAAGCCUCGUGUUAAACUUAACGAUGUACAACUUCUCACUUACAUGAGCCUCUUUUGCACAUUCCUUUCCAAAACAGAUGCUGUCAUUGCUGAAAUCCAGCCUUCUUCAGGGUGGGUGCAGGCAUGGGGCUGGUCCCCACACACCCUGCACCUGGGUCCAGAGAGCCUGUUGUGAAUUAGCAUGGAGCUGUUACCAACAGGCCCUCUCCAACCAGCUGUUUUGGUUUUGCCAAAUGUGAUUUUUGCUUUCUGAGAGCGCAGGGAAGGUUUGGGGUCGUACAUUUUGGGGCUCAGCAUGGGGUUUUCAGCCCCACAGAGAUCUGCCUUCUGCAAGGCCCCUCGCAGGGGUCCCAGGGUAGGGUUGCCUCGCAUGGCAACGCACAUGUAAGGUGCCUGAAGACACCAGGCAGCUUUUCCCAGGAAAAAGCAGUCAAACCCAAUUGUAAAAAACAGGGGGGGAGGCGGGGAAGAUGCCAUUUCCCACCAUUGGAAGAAAAUGCUUCGUUAUAUGAGCUGCCAUAAGGAACUGGGUAGGAACUGUUCCUUAUGCUACCACAUGAUAGGAAAUUAUACGUACUACUUCUUCAGAGGAUCUCAAAGCACUUUGCAGGCUUCUACCGUUCCUGAGGCUGCCGACAGAGACUUGCUCAUAGAGCUGCCCAAAUUCGGGCUGUGCUCAUACUGCCAGGGCUUGGCUGUUCUGUCCCGACCCUCCCUGCUCUGGGCACUCAGCUCAGAACUGUCUGACCAGUUGCACUUAUUCCCUUUUUUCUCUAUGAGAUAUUGGUUACUAAGAAGAGCAAGGAGUUGCGUUGCUUUGAGGCAGGCACAGCCGUAAUAGUUUCAUCUGGCUUAUUCUCUGAAAAAACACAGCAUUUCCCCUGGCCCUGUGUGCAUAAUCAGGCCCCGUUUGCUCCGCAGCGAGCUGAGCCUGUGUAUGAGGGGCAGGUUUGUGGAUUCUGAAGCUGUCUGGGGAGUCUGAGGCCACUUCAUGUUUUUAAUUAAGUAUGAAAGUGCAUUGCUAUCAGCGUAGGACUACCUAUUUUAUUUGAGGUUCUGUUGAUGACACGCUGUCUUUCCACAUUUUCAGUAUUCAUCCCACGCAGAUGGCAGAGUAUCCUUCAGAAAGAGUUGCCCAGAUGCUAUGGGAUGGUGGCCUACAUAUUCCAGUCUGAGAGCCCUGGACACCAUCCAGAGACAGCAAGAUGAUCGCCCUGUCUCAGAGAGCUCCCAGUUCAGAAGCUCAGCUGAAGGAUGGUGCACGCAGAGCAGCAUUGGGUCUGGGCAUCAGAACAGAUGUGAUGAGCAGUGAGGACCCUCCUGUAGAAAGACAGCGCGAUGGGAAGAUGAGCUGUGCGGUUACAGGCUCCCCAGCCAUUGCUGCAGAUCCUUCCUCUCUUUGUCCCUUUGGACAUCAAAGGAUUGCAAGGGGACAGCCCUGGCAAGAAGCUCCUCCCUGCUCAUUAGCCUCCAUAAAACAGGGACUCACCUUGGCUGGCUGCGCGGGGAGCCCCAUCCUCAUCCCCUCACUCUUGACACUGGAUCUCAGAAGGAAGAGUUUUUGCUUGCUUCAGGAAACCAGACCUGCUUUUGAACUGGACUAUUUUGGCUCCCCUUAUAAGAACUCUGGUGACUCUCUCAGCUGUGCAAGCUCCCAGACUCCCCAGUACAUGGAAAAAUGCAAGCUUUACCAGACGUGAAAGCGCCGUGUGAGGCUCUUCCUUCCCCCAGCCUGGAGCACUACCCGCAGAGCUCCAUCGUGGUCACCCUCGAGGACAUGGAUCUCUGGAUGAAGUUUCAUCAGAUAGGAACUGAGAUGAUCAUCACUAAAUCUGGCAGACGAAUGUUUCCACAAUGUAAAAUCAAAGUUUCUGGCUUAAUCCCAUAUGCCAAGUACCUCAUGCUGGUAGAUUUUGUGCCAAUGGACAACUUCAGGUACAAGUGGAAUAAAGAUCAGUGGGAAGUUGCUGGAAAAGCAGAGCCGCAGCUGCCUUGUCGUACCUACGUCCACCCCGAUUCCCCAGCUCCCGGCAGCCACUGGAUGAAAGAACCCGUCUCCUUCCAGAAGCUGAAGCUCACCAACAACACACUGGAUCAACACGGGCAUAUCAUCCUCCACUCCAUGCAUCGUUACAAGCCUCGCUUCCACAUUGUGCAGGCAGAUGACCUCUUCAGUGUCCGCUGGAGCAUCUUCCAAGUCUUCAGCUUCCCGGAGACCGUCUUCACUUCUGUUACUGCCUACCAGAACGAGCAGAUUACAAAGCUCAAGAUUGACAACAAUCCAUUUGCUAAAGGUUUCCGUGAGCAUGGGAAGAACACUCGAAGGGAAGGACGAACCAAAUGCCAGAAGCCCAGUCCAUCCAAGGGCCAGAAGAGGAAGCUGCCCGAGGAAAAGCAGUCCGGUGCUGAGGAACGUGAUUUUGAGAAAGAUGAGAAUGUAGAUGUGAAGGAAGAGAGCAGCCCUGUUGUGGUCAGCAGCGGAUUCCCCUUCUGGGUCUCGGAGCAGACCGGCAGCCAUGCCUUUCCUGCAGCAUCGCCUGUGCCAGCUGACCAGAGGGAGGGUCUGGCCAGAGAGCAGCAAGUGCCUACGCCAUCCUACCAGACAUACCGGUUCCAUGAAACUGGGGACAGCCAGCAGCUUCCCACCCGUGACGCCGCCACCUUGAACGAAUUCCGGGCAAGGUGCCACCCCUUGGAUCUCGCCACAGUGCCCGAACACGACUCCAAACAGCUCCCAGAGGGCUUCACCAACCUGCCUCCGCUCCCCCCGCCCCUGCCUCCUCCUCAGGACUAUACGGGGAUGGUGAACAUGGCUCUAGACUCUGUCGGGAAAGCCGGGGCUCGAGCGCCCGUGUACAGUCCGUACGGCAGCGAGCAGGGCCUCGGGCAGUGGAUGGUGCCUUCCCACAGCCAGUACAGGGCAAUGAGCUACUCAGCCUUCUCCACGGAGUACAACGCACAGGGGGCUCCAGGACAUGCCCACGGGACCAUGGCGGAGUGGAGCCAGUACCCACUGUUCCCAUACGCCUGCUGGUGAAUGGGGAAGACCCUUCCCGAUGAAAAGACUGAAAGAAACUUGUAAAUGAGAUGAUACUUGCUUGGGAGCGUUGAUCUUGAAGCCUUGUCUACACUAGACAAAGAUGCAUUGCUGCAAGCGGUAGCGUGGGACACCUCCGCUCCCUUGUCUCCUUGCACAGCAACCUUCACCAUAUUUCAAGGCAAUGGCUAAACUGGUGGCUGCCCCAGCCAUGUCAGCGUGGGUCUGGCUGAACUGAUGUGUUCUGCAGGGUGUAUUUCUUCCAACAGGAGCAGGAAACCACAGGAGCUGCAAGAGCAGUAUUUAAACAGCUGCUAAACUCUCGGUCUCAGGCUAUUCACAUCUCACGUUUGGCAGUUUCCAAAAUCCUUUCCUCCAGGGCUUGUGUGCAAGGAGACAGAGGCUGAGGAGUUUCAGUAAGCUGUCCAGGUGGCCAAGCUGUAGAGAAUUAUUGCAAAGACAAGCAAAGCAACCAAUCCCGGUGUCCCCUUGACAGUUUCCUCACUUAGUUUAGUCAAACAAAAGCUGGUCUUGCUUUUCUUCCAGGAGCAUAUGGGAGUAAAAUACACAGCAACACCUGCAUGCCAGGAGUGCAGUGGUGGGUCCCACAGGCAGGGAAGAGUUUGUCCUGUGCAGGAGAAGCAGCAGCAAGGCUGUGUGUUGUGUCUGCAUGUCCCCUGUGCCCAUCCCUCUCCCGUCACCCCUAGAGUCAAGGUUAGUGAAACACUCUUCUUUCUGCUGGUGGUUACGGGAGGUUGUUCACAGAACGUGGGGGCUACUCUGGGGGGUUCCAAAGGCCUGUGGGUAUCAGAAACAGAGCCAGCAAUAGUGGCUGCGUCACUCUGAUCUCUUCCUUUUGAGGGAAAGGGAAUCUCUCACUGUGAACUUCUUCCAUGGUUAGUUACCAGAGCAGUUUCACCUCCCGUACCUCUGGUCCAUCAAGGGGAGGAGCUGGACGGCCCGGGAGGAUUUCUUUUCAUCUUCACAUUAGAAGGGGGAAGCAUCUCCGUUUGCCCAAGUGGCGGAAUGGAGGGGUCUUGUUUGAGACAGGCUCUUUACUUCUCAGGGAGAACAGAUGGGCUGCUAGGUGUUAUUUAGGGAAUGUUUUCUUGUAACACUUCAAAUAAACUGCUGUGUGGCCUGUGGCCAUCAGCAGGCAGUGAGGUGUGUCAUUUAGCAUGUGUGCCAGAUGGUUUUCUCAGUGUGUGUAGCAAGAUGCUGGGCGUGUUUGUGACCACUGGAGCAUCGGGUUGGGCGUGCAGCGGCACCGGGAAGGGCUGUGCACGGGUCUGCUCGGGCACCGGGUCAGCACUGUGUGUGCACAGCUUAGAGGUGUCAAGCCGUGUUUGUUAUUGUUAAAACGACUUUGGAAAGGAGCCCUACAAAUUUGUGAAACUCAACUACAAGGAUGACUUCCUUUUUUAAAUAGUUUCUGCUAACAGCUUUUGUACCACAAUUAUGAUCUGGACAGAGCAGCCAGGCGCUUCCCCUUGGCUUCGCAGGGCAGGUGUGAGAUGUGCAGUGUUUAAAUCAAGGUCAGGCUCCCCCACGGCAUAUGUGCUCAGUACUCUUAGCCUGUUCUCUGGCAGCACUCUGACCAGUAGUCAUUUGUACCUGCUGUGCAUGACACAUGUGGCUGUGAGUGACUCACUAAAAAGAAAUCUAGUUAGGGAAAAAAUGUGGCAGAGAUUGUUUUCAACCCCAGAAUAUUGUGAUUUCCUGCUGUCCAAAUGACAGCUGCAUGAAGGCAGGUCAGUUGUGAAAGGCUGUCAUCUGUGGAUGAGAAAAAUACCCAGUCCCUGACCAUUACUAUUUGAUCUUCCGCAUCAUGGAAUUGGGAUGAGAAGCCUGGAUAGGGCGUUUGGUACCGUGAGCCAUGUGUGCGGGGACCCUGGGGGUGCUGUGUUGUGCCAAGUCUCUGCACUCCACCCCGCCGGUAGCUGCCAGCACCAUGCUAAUGAGAAAAGAGAAAGUCGUGCACCCCCCCAAGCUACAGGUUAGAUCUCUUUCUUUAUUUUUGAAUUUGGGUUGUAUUUCCCUCUGUCACAGGGUGCUAAUGAGGAUGAAAACCAUGCUGUGGUGAGUACGAGGAACUGAGGAGAUCUGAGCAGCACAGGGAAACCCCUUUGCAAAUAUGAUUGUAGUGUUCUUUUUUCCAAACCUUGGGAAUAGCGUUGCGAGUGCUGCUGCCCCGUGAGCCUGUCGCCAGAGCUGGUUUGGCAGGCGGCUCUGCACCAGGGUCAAAGACUCAGCCUUGUGCCUGGGACGAGCCAUUCGUUACUCAUCAGCCUUCUGUUGCAACAGGACUCCUUGCCCUUCUUCAGUGAAUCAUCCAGCUUAUUAGAAAAGUACCUUUACUUUCCUCGCCUGCCUGUCUCUGGUUAAAGACUGCGGCUUGGCUGGUUUGUGAAGCCUUUGGAUAUUUUGCCCAUAGGUUUGUGCUCUGGGCUCUGCUGCCGCCUCCUCACUUUGCAGUUCCCGCUGUCUUGUUUUCUUCAGCUGUGGCAUUUAAAAGUCUGUAUGAGCUUGACUGAAACGCUGUUUUUGCACGCAUGUGAGAUAAUGUAGUGCCUCUCUGACAGCUUCAAUAAAAGGAAAUGAGACAUGCGGAAGGCAGGCCGUUAAGAGCAAUAAAAUAAACUUUAAAGCGUG